AUGACUUCCUCAACACUCGCCCCCGGCGUGUUAGCCAAACUCUACGAAACCAGAAAAUACAGCGACUUCAUCCUAGUAUGCCACGGAAAAGAAAUCCCCGUCCACAAGUCCGUCGUCUGCACCCGAUCUCCAGUAAUGGCCGCAGCAUGCGACGGAGGCUUUGAUCUCAAGACCGUGGAACGCAUGAUCGAGUUCAUGUACACCGACAACUACGAAGAUGGCCACAAAGCUUUCACAGAGGAUCUCGGCUGCACCACCCCCAAAACCCCAGAAUCCUUCAUGGAAAUGGCAGACAAGCUCCUGCUCAACGCGAACAUGAAUGUGAUAGGCAACUACUAUGACAUACCCGAACUCCGAAAGCUCGCAGUCAAAACGUACGAAUUCGUAUCUCCCCACAUCAGUGCUUACGCGUUUCAAAGUUUCUCGCCGAGAUCGAUGACGGCGCGCUCGAUGAUGAUUUUCGUAAGGCCAUAA